AGCUGGGGGACUCGCGGGCGGCAGGCGCGCGCGCGUCGUGUCAGAGUCGCUGGCUCGCGGAUCUGUUUUGCUGAGUGCGCACGCUCGCAGCGCUCGCGCGCGCGUGUGUAUGUGUGUGUAUAUAUGUCAGUGUCACCGUGAGCGAGCGAGCGUGCGUGUGUGUGUCAGUGUGUUACGAAAGCGACAACCGAACGGCUUCGCUUAUUUAAAGGCGCUCUAAAGCCGUGCUGAUUCAUCACGAUCAUCAUCCCGGGGUCAGACCGAGCCGCGCCGUGUUUAUCUCGGCUGGACAUCCACCCUAAGGAGCCCCUGUACCCGCAACACAAAGGAACAGUUUCCGGAACAGUUUGUCCAGAUCUGUGUGGUUUACAAGCUGCUCUCGUGGCAUGACGACCACUAACAAGGGAAACAAAGCCUUGAAGGUGAAGCGGGAGCCAGGUGAGAAUGGCACAAGCCUCACAGACGACGAGCUGGUGUCGAUGUCGGUGCGCGAGCUCAACCAGCACCUCCGCGGCCUCUCCAAAGAGGAGAUCGUACAGCUGAAGCAGCGGCGGCGCACGCUCAAGAACCGCGGCUAUGCCGCCAGCUGCCGAGUCAAGCGUGUCACUCAGAAGGAGGAGCUGGAGCGCCAGAAGGCCGAGCUCCAACAGGAGGUGGAGAAACUUGCUUCAGAGAAUGCCAGCAUGAAGGUGGAGCUCGAUGCCCUGCGCUCCAAAUACGAGGCACUACAGAGCUUCGCCAGGACUGUGGCUCGUGCCCCUGCGGUGCCCAUUACCAACGCGCCCAUUCCUGUCUCUGCCCGCGGGUCUCUGGCCUCCGUCAUCGGGCCGCUUGUACCGGGGAAGGUGGGCGCCACUAGCGUCAUCACGAUAGUCAAGUCCAAAACAGAUGCUAGGUCUUAGUAUAGGCCAGUGAGGAGAGAGAGGAGGAGGAGUGAGAGGGAUGGAAAGGGGCUUGGUCAGUGCAUCACGAUUUAGGCACGGGACAGAUUCAGUAAGAGGUGCAAAUUGCUGCAAAUGGUUCCAGAUUUCUGUGAGAUGGAACCUGAUAUGGAGGACUGCUGUCUAAAAAGACAGAGUCCUCAACUCAUCCUGAUACUUCCACUGAAAUUGGUCAGUACAGUAUAUUUCUGUACACACACUUCCAAACCAAAACUACCAUCAAGGACAAUUAGGACACCUGGGCUUCCAGAAAAAUCUCCACAUUUCAAAGAAAUUACGAGAAUUAAAAAAAGCAGCAAAACUUUGUCCUUCAUGACUGCAAUGAGUGCUGGAUUUUUAUUAUUGUUGUCUUUAUAUUUUGUUGGAGGUUUUUUUUGUAUGUAUGUUUUUUUUUUUUUGUUUUGUUUUUUUCCAAGAUUUUUAUGCAAUAUUUGAAAUUCGUUGUGUUGCUGUGUUUUGUACUUCCAUCCUUUUCCUGUGUCAAAGAACUUGGGCACAAAGCAGACGUACACUUUGUACUCCUUCAAUCUCUACUUUGUGUUUAUAAACACAAGGAUGUGGAAUAAAGGCGAGGCUAUUUUUUAUUUUUACAAGAAAUCCUAUAAAGCUGGGUUAGUUAGGAAGGAGAGCUUGUCCAGGACACACACACGUCUGAUGUCUUGUGUAGUAUUAGUGUUCCUGUGUUUAUACUGACCCUG